AUGUUCGGCACCCUCAGUUUCAACACAGACACCGACACUAGUAUCCGAGCCUGCGACAAUUGCAGAUUGCGGAAAGUAAAGUGCCCUAACGUGAGCAACCUAGUGAAACCCAUCAAUGGCAAGUUCCAGCCGUGUGCAAAGUGCACAGAGCAAGCUCUCUGUUGUACUUAUGACCGAAUGGCCAAGAAGAAGGGCCCCAAGGUCUCUCCAAAGACUCUUGAUCUGGUUCUCAACCAGCCCUGGGAACUCACGGACCAGAUUGCCACGGUUCAUUUUGAAAAGGAGCAGCAGUUUGUUGUCAACUCGUCUCCGCCACCAUUGGAGAUCCAUGUCGAGCAGCCCAACCAAUUGCUCUCCACCGCAUUAACCAGCUACUUUCAAAACAACUACACAACGUACCCCAUCAUUGAUCUGGCAGACGACAAUGAGAGCUUACUGCAGGGGCUGCGACUGGCCAACAUGAUCCACAGCUACAAAAACGGAGUCGACAACGUCACACAGACAAGUCUGCUGGAUCAGGUCCAGCAAAUACACCUCAACCGGCUGUCAAACCCGUCGGACUCGGUCACCUUGCACUCCGUCUGCGACUCCAUCUUCAUACACAUGGCCAUGACCGCUUUGGGCAACACAAACAAGGCCAUGGUGUAUCUCAGCGAGGCCCAUAGCUACUACUUUCUGUGUCAGCCUACGGAAAACGAGCCGCGACGAAAACGAAUCAACUGCAUUCUCACCAGCCUGAGACUCGAAACCGGAGCACACCACUUGUCUACCGAGAUGCCCAGCUACUCUUUUAACGAGUUGACUUCCCUGCCCUACUAUGGCCCUCUUGCUCAUCUGUGUGACGACUCCUACAAUCACCAGGUCAUUUCUCUGCUUCUUUGGCACACCGCCAUGUGUGUCCAGAGAGGGCAUUAUUUUUCUUCCAAAGGAUGA